CACCGCCCGUCUACUGCAGCCAACCUAGAGUCGUGAAUCGUGAUUCCAGAGAUCACAAGUCUCGUCCCUUCUGUGCCUUUUAUCACCGAGGCUAGUCUCAAAGUUCAUCCUGAGUUUGCCCGGGAGUGGCACCUAGACCUUUCAUCCUAUCUCCAUGCGUGCGCGACUGGAUGAGCGGAGCCGAUAAAAAUCCACUCACUUGGCAGCGGCGCAGAAGCCCCGACAACCGGUCUCUUCUGUAGGAAAGAAAGAAAACCGCCUGACCCUGCUCUCACAUAAAUCCCCCGACAAUCCAACUCCCAACUCUUCUCUCUUCAUCAGAGCGAGCGUCCAAAGCCGAAUUCUCUGCUCAGCUUCGCCCUCCCGUUGUCGUAAAUACGCUCUACCUCUUUCUCCUCGAAGACGUCGAUCGCCGACUUCUUCUUUAUCCCGAGCAAGCCCGAUUAGGGUUUCCGGAAAGAGAGAAGGGAAGAUCGAGUUCCCGCUUCAGAGAGGCAGGGAAAAGGGUUCGUUGCAUGCUUCUUCGAUUGGGGUUUCCAGAGAGGGAGAGAGAGAGCAAUAGGCUCGGCGGCAGCGGGGCGGCGGGGGCGGGGGCGGCGGUGAUAUGGAGACGGGGGGCAACUCGUUGCCGUCGGUGGGGACGGAUGGAACGAAGCGAAAGGUGUGCUACUUCUACGAUACGGAGGUGGGGAACUACUACUACGGCCAGGGCCACCCGAUGAAGCCCCACCGGAUCCGGAUGACCCACUCCCUCCUUGCCCACUACGGCCUCCUCCACCACUUGCAGGUCCUCAAGCCCCUACCCGCUCGCGAGCGCGACCUCUGCCGCUUCCACGCCGACGACUAUAUCGGCUUUCUGAGGUCGAUCACGCCGGAGACGCAGCAGGACCAGAUCCGCGCCCUCAAGCGCUUCAACGUCGGCGAGGACUGCCCCGUCUUCGACGGCCUCUAUAGCUUCUGUCAGACCUACGCCGGUGGCUCUGUCGGCGGCGCCAUCAAGCUCAACCAUGGGCAUGAUAUCGCCAUCAACUGGGCGGGCGGACUCCACCAUGCCAAGAAGUGCGAGGCCUCCGGGUUCUGCUAUGUCAACGACAUCGUCCUUGCCAUCCUCGAGCUCCUCAAGAGGCAUGAGCGUGUACUGUAUGUGGACAUUGAUAUCCACCAUGGAGAUGGUGUCGAGGAGGCUUUCUAUACAACGGACAGAGUAAUGACUGUUUCAUUUCAUAAAUUUGGGGAUUACUUCCCUGGAACUGGAGAUAUACAUGACAUUGGCUAUGCAAAAGGAAAAUAUUACUCUCUAAAUAUUCCAUUAGAUGAUGGAAUUGAUGAUGAAAGCUAUCAAUCUCUAUUCAAACCAAUAGUGGGAAAAGUGAUGGAAGUUUUCCGGCCUGGUGCCGUGGUGCUUCAAUGUGGUGCUGAUUCUUUAUCUGGAGAUCGCUUGGGCUGUUUUAACCUUUCCAUCAGAGGUCAUGCGGAGUGUGUGAGAUUUAUGAGAUCUUUCAAUGUGCCAUUGUUGCUGCUGGGUGGUGGUGGAUACACCAUUCGGAAUGUUGCACGCUGUUGGUGCUAUGAGACAGGUGUUGCACUCGGUGUAGAGAUUGAUGACAAGAUGCCUCAAAAUGAAUAUUAUGAGUAUUUUGGUCCCGACUAUACUCUUCAUGUUGCACCAAGUAAUAUGGAGAAUAAGAAUACACGCCAGCAAUUGGAGGAAAUAAGAGCAAAACUUUUAGAUAAUCUUUCAAAGCUCCGGCAUGCUCCUAGCGUCCAAUUUCAGGAACGACCACCUGAUACGGAGUUUCCAGAGCCAGAUGAAGACUUGGAGGAUCCAGAUGCAAGACAUGAUCCUGAUUCUGAUAUGGAAAUGGAUGAUCCCAAGCAACUAGAUGAGUCAUCUCGUAUUCAGAACAUAAAAAUCAAGAGGGAGAACAUUGAAAACGAGUUAAAAGAUCAGGAACCUCACAAAGUUGCUGCAGACCUUGCCAAAGCUGUGGAGCCUAUGGCCGAGGAGAUCUCAUCCUUGAAGGCUUCAGAGAUUGGCCCCAUGGCUAUAGAUGAGCCAAGCAGUAUAAAGGCUGAACAGGAUAACACGAACAAGUUGUCUGCUGUACCUCUUAUGAUGUACCCAAAAUCCUAAGUACACAUAAGGUCGCCGAGUAGUUGAUGUAUAAGGGGAUGAUUUCUGUGCAUAGCUGUGAAAGGUUUCCUGCCAUUUCAUUUUUUUUAUGCUCCUAUAUUUAUGAUCAAACAUGUUAGAAUCACCAUCUUGAGAAUCUUGUCAUAAAUUAAACUAUAAACAGGGUCUUGUGCUAGAGUUGCCAUGAUGACAUACUGAAACAAAUACACGGGCUCUCUCAGUUGUACAGCCAAUUGAAUGAUCAUUUAACUCUAGAAAUCACUUGGAACUUUUCGUCA